AUGCCACAGUUAGCAACACACAAUUUCAUUCAAUUGUCCAAUAACCCCAACUCAGAAUCAAAUUUACCAUCUCCCAAUCCUAUAAUUCAAUUGGGAAUGGAUUCUAAUAAUAAUACAAAUAAUGAAAGCAAUAAUGCUUUUAUACAGGAGAACAUACGUCAAAAGAGACAUAGUUCCAACUCAUACUCGAAUGCAAAAAACAACCCCGCUGUCAAGAGACGAAUAGCAAAACCUGAAGAAGUAUCUUUGAAAUAUAUAGACAAUAUGGAAUAUGGGACCGCAACAACGGGCAACAAUAGCAUAAUAUGUCAACAACAAACUCCAUCAAAGGGAACUUUAUCAAGGAGACCUAGUCUAAUUAAGAAACAAAUGAACUCAACACCACAACCAAUGUCAUAUGUAGUUUCAGAAGUUCCUGCAUCUCCCUUUUAUUUACCUGCAAAUUCAUUCUCAAAUAAUUAUGAAAGAUCGCCUGCACUACUGACCAAUAAUAAUAACAUUAACAUUAACAAUAAUAAUAAUAGUAAUAAUAAUCUGAGGUUUAAUAGCAUGAAUGCAUCUUCAAUACCGAGAGAAAACAAUGAUGUUCCAGCUAUUGAACAGUUAACUUUACCUCAGCCAAUGUCAAGAACCAUGAAUUAUUCCACAGAGAUUCCAAUAAAUUCCAAUUCGAAUAAUAUUGACGAUCAGAGUGCCAUCAUUCCAAAUAAUGAGCAUAAAAAUGGUGAAAAUCAAGAAAGUGAAAAUUACAAAAACACCAAUAACAAUAACGAACAAGAUACCAACAAUAAUAUUAAUAACACCAAUAGGGACAGGAACAAUAAUAAUAACAAUAAUAAUAAUAACAAUAAUUCAUCAUCGUCAACAUCUUCAUCUUCCAAAAAGACAGGUGAGGCUUUAGUUAGAAAAUUGCAGGAUAUUUAUAAAGUUAUUGUUAAACAAGAAAUUGAACUUCAAGAACGUUGUUCACAAUUAACGACUUCUCAAACUACAGAUUUGAAAAAUUUAUGGACAAUCUAUAAAGUGAAUAUUGAUUUGAUAAACAAUUAUGUCACUUUUAUCACUACUGCAUUAUUAUCUUCACAAUCUCAACAAGACUUACAUAUUGGUGAAGAAAUUAUAGAAAUUUAUAGAAUUGAAAGAAGGUUAUGGGUUUAUGGUACUAUUACAUUUUUGGAUGUAUUGAAAAAUUUCUCGAAUUUUAUGGAUCCUGAAGUUUGUUGUCAAUUCAUAACUCAUGUCUUCAUUUCAUUAUCAACCAUGUUAGCUGAUAUCCCUACAAAAUAUUCCAUUCCUUGGUUACAACGUCUUGGAGAUUUAUCAAGAAUGGCGAUUGCAUUAUACCCAUCGGGGUUCAUAGAUUGGAAAUUGAGUGCAGAGGAAUGGUAUAUGGAAGCCAUGAAAUUUACUUAUAACCAUGGGAAAUUAUAUUAUCACAUGUCUACCGUACAACAAAAUACUUUAGAAGCUUUUGUCAAUUUAGGAAAAAGUGUAUUUUGUCAAGAAACUUUUACUCCAUCUCAACAAUAUAUGCAAUUAGUCAUUGACAACAUCUAUCAACGUGCAUUUGUGGAGAGAAAUAAUGGUAAUAAUAGGAAUUUACAAUUAAUUGAAUAUUUAAAACACAGUGAAGUUAUGUUACUCCCCACUUUUUUGGAAAAUUCAGAAUUACAACAAGUGGUAUUAUUAUAUUUUCAAGAAAAAUUUGGGAUUCUAGAAGUAACAAUACCAAGUACAUCCGAAACAAUUAGCAUUAACACAAUGAAUAAUAAUACCCGAACAAUAGAUAUGUUUAGAUCAAGAGAUAUGUUUAUUCAAAACCCUGAGCAAUUAAAAUAUUUUUUCAGACAUGCACCUGCAUUUGCAGAAUCUCAUAUCUUACAAUUAGUAGGAUUUGGUGAUCCGAAAAAUCCAUUUGCACUAUUAUUUGAAUUACCUAAAUAUUUGAAAGAGAGAAAGGAUAAAAAGGAGAAAAAGAAAUCUAAAUCAAAUAGCAACAGCAACAACAAUAAUAACGCUAGUACUGCUGGAGAUGGAUCUAUGAUGUCGAUAGAUAAUUCAGAAAUGGGUGAAGAUGACAUUAAUAAUUUGUUUAGUGAUAAUGUAAUGAAUCAAGUCACCAGUGAAGAAUUCUUUCAAAACAUUGAACAAUUAAGAUUUGAUUAUUUUAUUCCGAAUUCCCUUGAGAUAUGGAUGGCAUCAUUAAAUCAUAUCAAUCUAAUCUCUCUGAAAUGUAGCAUGAUUGUAUUAAAGAAAUUCUUACAUGGUCCAUUAUUAAUUGCAUUACCUCAUUUAUUACCAUGGUGUUAUUUCAUAAUAUCCAUUUUGUUAAAGAGAGAAGGUUUAACUCAUGAAGAUAGUAAAAUAUUUUGGAUUGGAAUAUUAAAGACGAUUUUCCCCUGGAAUGAUAUUAUUAAUUUCCUUAAUGUGUUACUAAGAUACACAUUAGAUAAUAUUGGGUUACCUACACCUUCUGCGGUGAAUGAUACAAAGCAAAAGGAUAUGAAUGUUUUCAUAUUGGAUCUUUGUAAUAAAUAUUCCACGAUGGGAUUUGCAGACCUUUUACAACAUUUCAAUGAAAAUGAAGAUUUACCUGAGGUUUGGAAAUGUUGGGGUACAUUAUGGUUUGAUACUAUUAGUAAUAAGAAUGGUAUGGAUGCUGAUAGUUUUGAAAAUUUAGGUAUUAAAGAUCAUAUGUUUUUAGAUUUCCCCAUUGAUGGUAUUGGAUAUGUUCUUGAAGAUGAAACGGGAGAAAAUUUUUGGAAGAGAACGUUAAGAAUAAUUUUCUUAUUUAAGGGAAUUGCUGAAAAUUUUGAUUCAUUAGGUUUAAAAGUCAGUUAUAAUGCGGGGACAGAAUAUCGAAAUAAUAAUGUCCCCAUGGAUAAUAUCUUGAAGAUGUUUUCAUUUAAAUGGGCUGGUUCCAAUGCUGAUUAUGUGGAUGCGAAUUUAGGUGAUGAAUUGGAAAUUUACACGAAUACAAUAAUUAAUAGAAUUACUGAAUUUGUGGAUAUCAAGGAACCCAUUCAUGAGACGAAUUUAAAUUUUGAAAUACCACCAUUAAAGAGUAUGAUUGCAAAUGAAGAUAUUUUUGAUUAUACGGGAUACAAGAAAUUAGAACCUAAUAGUCGAUCAUUUGAUAAGAAUGGUGAAUUCAGUAGUGGAUCCAUCUAUACUGCAUGGCCAAUGGAUUACGAUCAAUUAAUCUUGGCCCAAAACAACAACAACAAUACGAACGCUACUGAUGAGAUGACUGAUCUUUUCACAGGAACAUUAAGCAUUGAUGAAUUAUCAUUCCGCCAAUUGAAGAGACCUGAAUUCAGAGAUAAAUCCACAUUAUUAUCAUCAACAUCCACUGAACCAUUCAAUAGAUACAAGACUUAUUUUGUAUUUGAUGCUACAUCAUGGUUAAGACAUUUCGCACAUAUUUACAAAUUAGCAUCCAAUCAUGUGUUAAAAUUUGCUGUUUGUCUGACUACAUUCCAAGAAUUAAGAUUCUUAAGGAAAUCUAAGGAUGCGAAUGUAGUAGAAGCCUCCACGAGGGCUAUAAUCACGAUGAGACAAUUAUACAGUGAUGGGAAUUUGUUACCAUUAAGAUUUACGGGGAAUGUAGCAACGGACAUUGAAGAACACUUGGAGUUUGAAGAACAGAUCACUUGGCGGUCGCAUGUGGAUGAGUUUGUCAUCGAGGCAGUGAUGAAGGCGCAGGAGAAGUUCGUCAAGAGCAAGACGGUGGAGAACAUGGAAGGUACCAGCAACUGGGGGGAGAUAGAUGCCACCACAACGACAGUAUCUGCGGAAGAGGAAGAGAAGAGCAACCUGUUCAAAUACGUGGUGCUGAUCACGGACGACGACAGCAUGCGAAUGAAGGCGCAAUUGAAGGGGAUAUCCACGUUUGGGACACAAGUUGUGUUUUCCGUGUGUUCGAUGAUGGGGAUCGAUGAAGGAGUUUGUACCAACUAA